CUCAACCGCGCCCCCGCCCUGCCCAGCCCCGCGAUCAGCACCCGGGACAGCGCCGGCCGCCCACGAGCUGGGCGGGGUCCUGACCCGCCUGCGUCUCAGUGUCUGCAGGAGGGUCCAGUCCCGCCCGCCGUUCGGCAGGGCGCUUGGGUGCCUCUGCAGCAAGGACCGCAGGACCCCGCCGCCAUGUUGCUGGAGCCCCCGACCCCGGGGCCUGCAGCUUCCGACGCGCCCCCGGAUUCCAGCCGCAUCCGCCACGGCGCAGUGCCCCCCUGGGCUCUGGCCACCAUCGUGCUGGUCUCAGGCCUCCUUGUCUUCAGCUGCUGUUUCUGUUUCUACCGGAAGCGCUGUCGCAGGCGGCUGGGCAAGAAGAGUCAGGCCCAAGCCCAGGUCCACCUUCAGGAAGUGAAGGAGCUGGGCCGGAGUUACAUAGAUAAGGUGCAGCCGGAAGUCGAGGAGCUGGAACCCUCACUGUCAGGGCCAGGGCAGCAAGCAGCAGAGAAGCAUGCGCUAGGACGACUGCAGUACUCACUGGAUUAUGACUUCCAGAGUGGCCAGCUGCUGGUGGGUAUCCUGGAAGCUGAAGGAUUGGCUGCCUUGGACCUGGGAGGUUCUUCGGACCCAUAUGUGCGGGUCUACCUGCUGCCAGACAAGCGGAGGCGAUAUGAGACCAAGGUGCAUCGGCAGACGCUGAACCCACACUUUGGGGAGACCUUCGCUUUCAAGGUCCCCUAUGUGGAGCUGGGGGGCAGGGUGCUGGUCAUGGCGGUAUAUGACUUCGACCGCUUCUCCCGCAACGACGCCAUUGGGGAGGCGCGGGUUCCUAUGAGCUCUGUGGAUCUGGGACGACCUGUGCAGGCCUGGCUGGAACUGCAGGCGGCCCCGAGGGAGGAGCAGGAGAAACUCGGGGACAUCUGCUUCUCUCUCCGUUAUGUCCCCACCGCCGGGAAGCUCACCGUUAUUGUCCUGGAGGCUAAAAACUUGAAGAAGAUGGAUGUGGGUGGACUAUCAGAUCCCUACGUCAAGGUCCACCUGCUGCAGGGCGGCAAAAAGGUGCGGAAGAAGAAAACCACCAUUAAGAAGAACACUCUCAACCCCUAUUACAACGAGGCCUUCAGCUUCGAGGUGCCCUGUGACCAAGUCCAGAAGGUCCAGGUGGAGCUGACCGUGCUGGACUACGACAAGCUGGGCAAGAACGAGGCCAUCGGGAGGGUGGCUGUGGGCGCGGCCGUGGGCGGGGCUGGCCUGCGGCACUGGGCGGACAUGCUGGCCAAUCCCCGGAGGCCCAUAGCGCAGUGGCACUCGCUGCGGCCCCCUGACCGAGUGAGGCUGCUGCCAGCGCCCUGA